CGUAAGGCAAAAUGGCGAUGGCCUUGUUUCAAUGGAAGGCUGCUCAGUUGUUAGCGGACUUAGAGUGAAUAUUUGCGGAUUUUCCUCGUAGCUGUCGGUCAUAGGUGACUUCUCGCAACGCCUACAUGCUAAAGCAGUCCAGUGCAGCAGGUCCUUCCACCUCCUCCCCUCAAUCAAUGAAGGAAUCCAAGGAACAAUUGAGCGGCCCGGCGAUCCUGGACCACAUCAAGCCAUGCUGGUACUGGGACAAGAAGGAUUUAGCCCACACGCCGUCUCAGUCUGAGGGCCUGGAUCCUGGCACAGAGGCGCGAUAUCGACGAGAGGGAGCCCGUUUCAUAUUCGACGUGGGGACCCGACUUGGCCUACACUAUGACACACUGGCGACCGGCAUCAUAUACUUCCAUCGCUUCUACAUGUUUCACUCCUUCAAGCAGUUUCCCAGAUACGUGACAGGUGCUUGCUGUCUUUUCUUGGCUGGAAAAGUGGAGGAAACCCCAAAGAAGUGUAAAGAUAUCAUUAAAACAGCCCGCAGCUUACUUAAUGAUGUGCAGUUCGCCCAGUUUGGAGAUGAUCCAAAGGAGGAGGUGAUGGUGCUGGAGAGAAUUUUGCUCCAAACUAUCAAGUUUGACCUGCAGGUGGAACAUCCCUACAUGUUCCUGCUGCGCUACGUGAAGCAGCUCAAAGGGGAGAAGAAUAAAGUGUGCAAGGUGCUGCAAAUGGCUUGGACGUUUGUCAAUGACAGCCUGUGCACCAUGUUGUCUCUGCAGUGGGAGCCAGAAAUUAUCGCCGUGGCUGUCAUGUACUUGGCAGGCCGCCUCUGCAAAUUUGACAUCCAGGAGUGGACCUCUAAGCAAUCAUCCCGCCGGUGGUGGGAACAGUUUGUCCAGGACGUCCCAGUCGAACUGCUGGAAGACAUUUGCCACCAGAUCCUGGACCUGUACUCCCAGGGAAACAAGCCCAUCCCUCAGCAGAUACAGGAGAAAGAGCGAGCACCGGCCCCUCCGAUCAUUGUUUCUCCAGCACCGCAGGGACUGCCCCCGGCCGUCAACCCUCCUCCCCCACCACCAAAAAAGACGUCUCCUCAGGGUGGCAGCCCUGCACGCCAGCUUAAACGCUCACACACAUCUCCAAAAGAUGAACCAAAAGCUCCAGAACAAGCUGGAUCAAAGAUCCCCCGACUGGAGAGCCCCAUGCCUCCACUGCCGGCAGCACAGCCUCCUCCUGCCCCUCCUGCAGAAGCAGAACCAGGGAAUGAAGCAGCUCCUCCGCCCCCACACGCUCCCCCUCCACACCAGCCUCCCCCGUUGCCCCACCGCCCUCCUCCGCCUCCGCCCUCCAACUACCUCAUGUCCACCACCAGCUCCUACAUGUCGGGCGAGGGUUUCCAGAGCCUGCAGUCCAUGAUGAAGACCGAGGGUCCUUCCUACGCCCCCAUGCCGCCCAGCUACGCCCCUCCAAUCCCUCAGUACCACCCACACGUCUUCCCACCGCCCGCAGCUCCACCUCCGGGUCCUCCACCUCCCUCCAACUACCCACCGCCCAGUAUGGCCCCGGCCUACCCGCCCCCGGGUUACAACAGUUACCCUCCACCCCGGAUGCCUCCGGGCCACGUCCCUCCCCCAGGGAUCGGUCUUCCCCCGGGCGGAUACCCUCCUCCUCCUCCCGGGCCCCCAGGACAGUCACAAGUGCCCCUGCCUCCUCCGCCCGGCAUGCCCCUGAACCGUGGCGGGUGGAUGCGAUGAGGCCGCGGCCCGCACAUCGCUGGGGAUCGAGGCCUCCGGAGACUGAGAAACAACUAGGAACGUUUUUUCCUUUUAGAAACCGAGGAAAGUGGAGCUGCUUCAUCCCAGCGUUGACUUCAGAUAAACAUCUGCAGGGGUUUUAAGUGAAGGCCCAUCAGCACAUGAUCCACAGUUUUGUUAUGAGAACCAGAAGAAGAAUCCUGAAUGAUUUUGAAUUGAAUAACUUUAAAAAUCUUAAGUAUGGUACUUAUGGUAAUCCAGGAUAAAUAACUGGCUAUUAUUUUUAUUUUUUUCCAGAAAAUAGUGAGAAUAAUUAACUUUUUCCUCUUUUUUUUUACCGUAAUUGCACUAAAGUAUGUAACAUGUGAGCAAAGGUUAAAUUUGGUAUUCACUUUAUUUUCUAUUUCCUAUCUUGUGUUUUGGUUUUCCUGACUUUCCAGUUUCCUCAGCGCCGUUUUGCCUUUUUUAGUUUUUCCGUACAUUUCCAGUUUUAGUGAGAAAGUAAGAUUGAAAUAAACGGAUGGCUGAAGGUGCAGUUUUUCAUUCUGUUGUAAUAUUUCUUCAAAUGUUUGGUCAUUUUAUUUUACUCUUGUGUUUUACCCAGUUAAUAUUUUCAGUGAAUCAGUGUUGCAGCCGGUCUUUAACGGAAGUGCAGAGCAGAAACCUUUCAUCUAUCACCGAACAUCCUGCAGUGCAUUUGUUUAUUCCAAAUUUCCUUUUCCUUUGAAACAGAUGCUUUGGAGAGCUUCUACAUGUGCCUUAGGCUUCUCUUCUGUCCCCCUAGCUGUGGUUUAGCUGAUGAACUGUUCUGAUGGUAUUAAAGAACAGCUUUUUCUAUUUUGA